AUGGAUAUUUUGAAGAAUAAUCAGGGAGCUCAGAUCGAAGAGAUUUACUCCCUCCACUGCAUAUACUACCCUGUUAAGAUUCUUAAUUAUGGAGGUUUACGUCCUGAUAAGUUCCCGCACGAUUGUAUGUCAGAGUGUGCCUAUACUUCUUUGCUGGAAAAUUCCAAGUUUCUGACCAACAUUAAGGUGAAUGAAAGUGCAAUUAAGGGCGCAGUUCGCUCUGAACUACUCCGUUUCUGCUUCAAAAUCUCACCUUUUAUUCCGACUGAACUUUCAAACUCCGUCUACUCACUUGUCGAUGUGACUUUCCCGAAGCUAUACCCUAAUAAGCCCCCGUUCAUAGUCUUGAAAAUGACAAUUUCUAUGCAUAACGACUUGAAGAAAAAACUAAAAGUUAACCUCACGAAGGAAAUUAAUAGACUUGCUGGACAACACUGCCUGUUUGAAAUCAGCAUUUUUCUGAUUGAUUUUUUGGCAAAAGUUAACUCAGACCGUGAAAUCCUAUUCGAAGAUUCCACCGCGAGAGAAUUUACACAAGAUUACAAAAGCGUUUCUUCAGACUCUUCAGAAUCCUCAAACUCUUCCAAUUCUUCUGUCACCAAUACUAAUAAUGACACUAAUACUGAUCUUAAUAAGACUGGAUAUACAAAUUCUGAGAAUAUGUUGGAAGAAAGUGUUGAUAAUUUGGUGGUGGGAGUGAAUAAACAGCAUAAGGAUAUUGAGUUUCCAAUUUGGUCAAUCCAAUCGAUAGUCCAGGCGCCAAUUUGGUACGAGAAUUUGGAGGAAAACCAAGAGAUUUCGUCAGAUUUGGAGAGAGAAAAGGAAACUAAAGCUGUUAAUAAGGGUGGUUCAACUAAGAAACAAACAUCCAGAGCUGUGAUUUCUGAAAUUCGUUCCCAGAGUAGUAUAAGAAGUAAAGAGUCUGAAGAUCAGAAAAUACACUCAGUGACCAACAUUGAGUUGUAUUUUACACUUGAGACUGUUGUUAAUUUAAAAUUAAUAAAGAAGCUUUUACUUGAGUACACUGGAGAUACAUAUUUCAGAUUCCAGAGAGAUUUUACAUCAGUUGAAACGGUAAACUCGAGUAUUGCAUCCAGCCUCCUCAGUGUAAAGCACGUUUUGGACCAGAAUUUGUACUAUAUAAAGGCGUUUCAUCUGCCCUCUUUAUGCCCAUAUACAAACCUAUCAGAAGUAAAUAUGAAUAGUUCGUUGCACGUUUUUAGAGUAAAACAAAGAAUGAUCUUGAAUGAAAUCAUUUCGAGAGUCUCACACCUGUCGAAACUUGAACAUAACAGCCUCUGCCGAUAUUACCAGUCUUGGCUGGAAAAGAAACCUGAACCAAACAUAUCCAACUACUUCAUCAAUAAAAUUGAUACAUUCCUUAAAUCCAGCUCAUUCUCUUCUCUAUACAAUACUAACACUAAUACUAAUAUAAUUGACCAAGUUGAUACUGUUAAUAGUGGUAGUUCUGUCGAAAGUGGGUGGAACGAGUUGUUGAUAUUAUUGUUGAAGUAUUUCCCUGAGCUUGGUGAGCAUUAUUUACAUGAGAUUGUGACUGAGCGUAAUUUGUAUGUUCAGGCACAGAACAUAAACUGCCAUACCUUGAGGUAUGAGAUUGAGAACAACGCUCUCUGUAAAGAUGAGAAACUAAUUUGGCUUUUCAUUCGCCAAUUGUUAGACGUUUUGGCAUAUUUGCACCAAAAUAAUGUACACCACCAGAGCCUCUCACUGGACAACAUUUACGUCCACAAUAACCUAUACGGGACUGGAAGAGGACUGAAAGUCUCAGAGUUUGGAAUCACAGGUCUCGCAAGGAAGCUGCUAACACUUGAAAACGAGUGCAAUCGCAAGUUUUGUGACUGUAAAAAGUACAAAAGGGACCUCAAAAAUCAGCUAUACCUCUCACAUCCCUCAAACUAUAAUCUGACAUCCACCACCCUAUCCAAUUUCAAUUCUGAUAUUCAUUCCAGACUUUAUUCCAUAGAAUACGAUAAUCUUAACAUUACUAAUACUAAUGCUAUUAAUAAUAUUGAUGGUACUAGUUUUAAUUUGGAAAACUCAUUAUUAUUACUGAGUAAUGAGUUAAAAGGUAGUUUAUUGAACAAUGGAAUGGCGGGAAUGAGUAGUGUGUUGUCGAGUAUAAAAUCAAGCGAGUUGGAUCACUUGGAGUUUGAACAUAAUUUGGACCAGAUGGCGGCAGUUCAGGAGGACAUGUUUGCUCUAGGGUUGAUAAUCUUCAGCAUGUGGCACCCACCGAUUGAGGAAAGUGCUCUUCACGAGUUACUUUCCCGUGUAAUUGGCAUGCAAACAUUCCCAGACUACUUCAUUCAAACCACUCCCUCAAUCAUAAUCACCACCCUGAAGCGUCUGUUGACCCGUGAGAGGAGACCAACAGCAGUAGAAUUGCUCAGAGAGACUCUUGUGCCACCAGUGGUUGACAUUUAUAUGUACAAACAGUACCUUAGGAAACUAGAAAACCCUCACUCCGAAGAGUCACUAGAUGCACUCAAGUUCCUCAUGAAUAGGGAUUGGAAAUCAGACGUAUCAAAAUACAAACAUGACUCCACGCUCGAAACCAUGACACAUAACUCAUAUAUCAUUGGCACACUUGAAAGGUUCAUGAGAUCAAGAGGUGUUAUCAUACGACCACCAUUACCACUUCAAGUCAAAACACCAGACAACAAUGAUAUGCUAUUGGGAAUUGAUGAAAGUAAUACAGUAUUCUCAGUUGGAGGAAGCAUUAGACAGUCUUUGUUGAAGUCAUUUGAGUUGUAUUCUGGAGAUGAUAGCGGAAUUGGUGUGAAACAGUUCUCAGUAGGAGAUGUUUUUAAUGAAGAAAACUGUGUCACGGAGUGCGUAUUCUCAAUUACAAUGAAGAUAGAAGGUGAUUCAGGAUUUACAAAGUCCGCAGGUAAAAAGUCACUUGACUACAAAGAACUUGACGACAACUGUAUUCUGAUGGUUUCCACGCAGGUUGAUCUCAUUUUAAUCGCAAUCCAGUCGGUAUUAUCACUUAAUUUUUCGUUAGAAACGUUUUUAACAAUCACAUUUCAGCCCUUAAUAGUUGACUUUUUGUGCAUAGUUUUGGAAACGAAGGCCGAAGUGGCUUCUGAAAUAUUCCUCAAACUCCAGUCAACUGAUAUUAAUGAGUAUACCUUCAACGUGUUACUGGAGGAGUAUUCCAUAGAUAAAAUUGGCCAGUUAAAGGGUUUGGUGGACUUACUUUCAGGCCGUUUUAACAUCAUUUUGGGGCUCAAAAAACUACACUAUCAUGUUCUAAACUCCAAAAUCCCCAAAAUAUAUCAAAACGAUUUUAAAACUCUUUAUCAACAAUUGGCACAAUUAGAAACUGAUUUUAGUAUUGAAUCCAACAAUUUAAAUGGUGAAAAUACAAAUUUUAGCUCAGAAAUUACAAACCAUAAUGGAGAUAAAGAAUUUGAAAGUAAUAUUGAAAUUCAAGGGAUAAAUGAGUUUGAGAAAUAUUUCAAGAGAAUGUUAUAUAUGAUAGAGUUCGCGAUCAUGUUGAGGAAGUUGUCACUCGAUUCAUACUGUUGUAUAGAGUGUGUUUUGGGAGUAUACUACACUGAGGUUUGCGAGUUUAAUACCAACUUCCCGUUUUUCCACCUAUUUGUGGUGGAUGACCGCAAAAACUUGGUGAUGACCGGUGGCUGCUAUGGAACUAAUUUGUCAUUUCUAGAACCCUCAAACGUAUCUAAAGUUGUGCACUUUGAUUUGCAGUACUUUUUGGACGAUUUAAUCAAGCUUUCGGUAAAACAUAGUGCAGGUGUUGAGGGGUUUACUGUCACACCUACAGUUUCCGAUACUGUUGACGUGGUGAUAACUUGCCAGACUGCAAAACUGCUCCCAGUUGCUACCUCAAUCGCCAACAAACUGAUUGAUGCAGGUAUUUCAUGUGAGUGCAGAGCAGUUCCACUAAUCUUGACCAGCGACUUCAACUACAGGCUUAGAACUAUAAAGAGUAUCAAAGCCAGAGUACACUUGCAAAAGUCAUCAAACAUCACAGAAGAUACAGUUGACACCCUAAAAAUUAGUCAGUCCCAAGUUGAAAAGGCCAAAACAGCCCAAACAAACACAGAAAAUGACAUUUCUGAGGAUGAAGAGGACAAAACACACCACGGGAUUUUGUACCAUGUGGAACCCAUAAACGGCUCCUUCGGACAGGCCAGAAAGAUUUAUAAUGAAGUUGCGCUCGUCCAUUUCAUCAUUGGACAACUUACAUAA